CGUGCACUGAAGUUUCCAUCCACUUCGCGAUCGACAGUGACUCAAAACGGUUCCGUGUGUGGCGUAGUUUUAUAAUCCUAUAAUCAAAGAGAAAAAAAUUCAAGUGAAAAACAAUUUCAUCCUAAUUUUUCAUCGCAGUUCGCUAGUCAUGUUUCAUGUUUUCCACUCGUUUCGGUGAUAAAAUGUGAGGCUUUUUCGUUACUUUCGCAGCCGUUUUUUUCCAUUUCAAGCGAGGAAUAUCCAGCGAGGCUGCUUUGUUUUUGUUCCCUGACUGCAGCAAAAUAUGAGUGGUGGAAUAGCACAAUGGCGACUCGAGCUGUUGUUGGUGGUGACGAUAAUUUUGUGAUGACGGUUUUCGUCAUAUCCGAUGGUGUUGAGUAGAGUCGCGGUAGUGGACUCGGUUCGAUAAACAGAGGAAAAUUAGUGCUGAUUGAUACGUGAAAAAUCGCAAUGGAUUAAAAGUCAUUCGGCGAGAGUGGAAUAAUUUGAUUAGCAUUGGUUGCUUCGUUGCAUUCGUCUUCUCACAGGCGGCUGGACCUAUCAAGUCGGAGCUGGGGUCAUUAUUAUGUUGGAAAAAAUUGGGGACAGAAAAUCAAUCAUCACAAACUGACACCUAUCGAGGAACGGUUGCAGAAAUUUUUUGCCGCAGGUCCUGUCGAAAUCAUUUCACUCGCCGAGAGUUCACACUAUGCUUAGUCUCGCCAAAUAAGCACCUGGAACGUGAUACACAGUACCUGGAUAUCAGCGACGGUUAGCUAAUUCAAUUUCUGUGGCGAAGCUCCUAUCAGCCAAUUAGCACACAGAUAAGCAAUGCCGAAGAAUGAUCCACCGUGGAGACAAGAAGAAAUCGGACGCUAAAAUCUAUUCGCGUGUUGAAUGAAAUUUACCAAAACAGUGACAUGAACGGUUAGGAUUUACCGCAUUUGAAGUGUUAGUGUAAGUGCGUUCGUACGCCCAUAUGCAUAGUGCUAGCAAAGUUUUGUUUUGAAAAAAAAUCUAUUAUCGCCGCAAUAUGACGGCACUUUCGAUACUGGCCUGGCUACUGGCGCGGAGUCUACUGGCAAAUUAUUGUUUGGGCAUACUGCUGUCGUCGGUUUUCCUGCUGAGGAGUGCCAACGCGGAUAUUCUGGUGUACCAGAAUGAUCAGCUCUUGGAAGAGUUCAGGGAUUAUCCAGCCACAUUCGGCGGAGACAUCCUCGAAAGUGGUCUCAAGGUGCGGGCCAUUCAAGCAGACCCGGUUGAUGGAUGUACGACGCUGGUUGGGCCACCGGAAAACAUUACCUCGAUGGUUGGCAUCGGGGGACCGACGCGUUUUGCGGUUAUCAUUGCGAGAUAUAAUUGCUCGUUUGAGGAUAAAGUUCGCAAUGCACAGAAGGCAGGAUUUGCUGCCGUAAUAGUUCACAACGUCGGCAGUAACGAUCUUGAACGAAUGUCAGCCAAUCACGCGGAAGACAUCAUCAUCCCAUCGGUAUUCAUCGGGGAAAGCAACGGCAUGUACAUUGUCGAUAACUUCAUGUACCCGCUGAAUUACGCUCUGAUCAUCACCGAUGACGUUCCGUUCAACAUCAACAACAAUCUUAUAAUUCCGUUUGCCAUCGUUGUCGGAAUGUGCUUCAUCAUAAUGAUUUGCUUCAUGAUCAUACGCUGUAUACGAGAACGUCGCCGUAUGCUACGUCACCGUUUGCCGAACAGUGUACUGAAGAAGAUCCCCAUCGUCAAGUUCGCCAAGGGUAUGCAGUACGAGACGUGUGCCAUUUGUUUGGACGACUAUAUCGACAACGAACGGCUGCGAGUACUGCCAUGUCAUCACGCCUAUCACGUGAAAUGCAUCGACCCGUGGCUGACGAAGAACCGCCGGGUGUGUCCCAUCUGCAAACGAAAGGUUUUUGCCCGUGGCGAACGUCGGCCUCCGCGUCGGCGCUCCUCUAGCGACAGUAUGUACUCGUCAGAUGCUGAUGAAAACACUCCACUAUUGAACUCGGCCGAGACCAACCAGGCGGUCAGUUCCGAUCCACCGGUCUCGCCGUCUCAGGAAAAUGAUGCCGCCGCCGCCAGCUCACCACGGAACAACAGAAAUCAACAGCAGCAGCAGAGCGUUGGUGGUCAUACGUCUUUGAUCUUAUAUUCCGAUGACGACGAGAUGCUGGAUGAUAUUCGUGCAGCGCGACGACGAUUUAACCCGUUCGUUCGGGUCGGCCAGUCACAGAUGUCGACCAAUCAUCAAAGAGAAGGCGGUGAGUUGGAAGGUGAAGGAGAAGGCGAAGAAGAAGGUGAAGGAGAAGGUGAAACACCGUACAGCGCGAUCGGAGAAAAUCCACCCACAAAUGUUUGGAAUCGGUUUGGAAGGCUAUUUCGCUUCUUUAAUCGUAACGCACCAGUCCAGGAGCUCGUAUCGGACGAUGAAAUCGAGCCGGCGACGGGUCAAACAAGCACCCCCAUCGGGGCCAAUGGCAGCGUAAGUGGCCGGAUCGUCGUUGCCAGUGCGGCCGCUAGCAACAACAUCCUCAACAGUAAUCUCAGCGGUUCGUUCCACGGAGAGGACACGAGCGACGAUGAGAUAUUGGGUGCCAGCCAUCGCGACGAGGCUAAGCGGCGCCAAAUUCGCUCCGCUCCAAAUCUUCCCUCGACCAGUGGACCGUCCGGUAGUGGUGGAUCGAACGGUGGUCGUCUCGGGGUGGCAGCACUACCAAAUGUUAAUUUUAAUCCUAACCAAUCCGGACGGAGAUUGCCACUUUUCGGCAGACCCUUGGGAGGAAAUAAUCCGGUGUAAAUAGUUAUUAUUAGUAGUUUGCAAGGUAAGUCAAGUCCAUACACGUCGUCGACGUUUUUAGGUGAACAGAUCAGUUGGAUAAUAAAGAUGUGCUACGACCAGAGAAGUGAUUCAAUUUGUCGGAGCAAAUUCGUUGGCGAAACGCGAGAGAUCAGCUUCUAUUUCUCAUCAUUUUUCCAUGUUCCUCUGCCAGAUUCAUCGAGAAUAAGUGAUAUGACAUUCAGUUAGAAAUUUAUCUUACGUUUCUAUUUAGUUGGUUGACUAAUGACACCAACGAAAGAUGUUACGAAAAAUUUAAGCUUUGAUGAAAGAUAGCUUUUAUUUUAUUUGGCCUGAAGUGGCCUAAAUGUGAUUGGAUUUUUAGAAAGUCGGCUAUUUUUAUGUGUAUCAUUUAAAAUUGCGAAUUAUAAAUUUACUAAAACAGUAUAGUUAAAAAUACACAUAACUUCGAAAGGUUGAAUCUUACUCGACCUAAGGUAAAAUACAGAAUGUUUUGUAUAAGUCAAUAAACAUUACCUAUUCGUCUUGUCAUAGAUUUUUUUCGGAAUGUAGAACAAUAUUAGUGGUUCAGUUAAAUUAUGAUAAACGCAAAUUAUUAUUAUUAAUCAGAAUAAAUCAUACUUUUAUUUGUAUUUAAUCGACUACGCCCCAUUAUAACCACAUAGAAACCAUAUCCGUGUUUUUCGUUCUUUUGUUUUAGUCCAUUCUCGUUAUAGACCUUCCUUAUUAACCCUACAAUAACAAUAACCAUUACGUAGAAACUGUAACAUAUUAGCCAUAUAUUCGUAAAAUAGUUUGGAAAUAGUGCAAUUGGCACUAACAAUAAAAAAUAUCAGAUACAGACACUUGGCAUAACAUUGAACAACUGGAAACAACUACUGCCACCUGCAAUAGUGUGUUGUUUACAAUAGUGCACUGAAGUGAACAAAAAAAAAAUAUGGGUGAAACUCGACACAAGUAGUGAGUUAUUUUCUCUGCUAGGAGGCAUCAUAGAUUAUUACGCAAUUGCAUACUUGUAAGUGAAUACAGUGAAAUUGACUGAA